AUGCGAAAAAUGUGCAACUCCUGGAUGCUCAGGGCCACUGGGUGUAACCACGAGCUGGAACGGCUCCAAGUGGACACGAGUCGUACACCCCUGAAGACAGAGGAGAUUCAACAGCUCCUUACGGUCUGCGAGAAGGCCAACGAGAGUCCGGUGCUGUAUCGCUUCCAUGCGAAGGCCGAGUACAGCUUCUCGGAGUUCGUGCACUUCGAGAUAGAAGUGGGUCGCCGGGGCCAGGAGGCAGCGGACCUGUAUCGCAGCCUGAAGGUGCUGUGCCAGUGCUCGGUUUUGCAGAUCAUAGGUGCUCGUCUUCGCAAAGACAAACCGGGACGGUCUGCAGCAGCGCAGAGGAUUCAGGACUGCCUUCGCUGA